UGCCUUUGCUCAAGGGCCGGCUACGUCUGUUAUAGAAAUAGAGAGGAUUUUGGGAAAAGGAGAGGCGAGGCUUCAAGAGAAGGAGAGUUACUCCCUUUCUCCCUUAUCAGGUCUUGAAACAAUGGGUGCUGGUGGUAGAAUGUCUGUUCCUCCUUCCUCUGCUAAGGUGGAAUCUGAUGUUUUGAAGCGAGCUCCUGACUCGAAGCCGCCAUUUACUCUUGGCCAGAUCAAGAAAGCCAUCCCACCUCAUUGUUUCCAGCGUUCUGUUCUUCGCUCAUUCUCUUACGUUGCUCAUGACCUGAUCAUUGCUUCUCUCUUCUAUUAUGUUGCGACCAAUUACUUCCACCUCCUUCCUCACCCUCUCUCCUAUGUGGCCUGGCCCAUUUAUUGGGCUGUUCAGGGAUGUGUCCUCACCGGCGUUUGGGUUAUAGCUCAUGAGUGUGGUCAUCAUGCCUUUAGCGACUAUCAAUUGCUUGAUGACAUCGUUGGCCUUGUCCUCCAUUCUUGUCUCCUCGUCCCCUAUUUUUCAUGGAAACAUAGCCAUCGUCGCCAUCAUUCCAACACAGGCUCUCUGGAUAGGGAUGAAGUGUUUGUCCCCAAGAAGAAAUCUGGUAUCCGUUGGUACUCCAAAUACCUUAACAACCCACUAGGUCGUUUCCUCACCAUUACAAUCACUCUUACUCUUGGCUGGCCUCUUUACCUUGCAUUCAAUGUUUCAGGCAGGCCUUAUGAUAGGUUUGCUUGCCACUACGAUCCAUAUGGCCCUAUCUACAAUGAUCGUGAGCGUGUGGAGAUAUUUAUAUCUGAUGCUGGUAUUCUUGCUGUCACUUAUGGGCUCUACCGCCUUGCAGUCGCAAAGGGACUUGGUUGGGUUCUUUGUGUCUAUGGAGGGCCAUUACUUGUGGUGAAUGCAUUCCUUGUUCUGAUCACAUAUCUGCAGCAUACCCAUCCUUCAUUGCCGCAUUACGAUUCAUCUGAGUGGGACUGGUUAAAAGGGGCUCUAGCAACUGUUGAUAGAGAUUAUGGAAUCUUGAACAAGGUCUUCCAUAACAUAACAGACACUCAUGUAGCUCACCAUUUGUUCUCAAUGAUGCCACACUACCAUGCUAUGGAGGCCACGAAGGUAAUCAAACCAAUUUUGGGAGAUUACUACCAAUAUGACGGAACUCCAAUCUAUAAGGCAACGUGGAGGGAGACCAAGGAGUGCAUUUAUGUACAUCCAGACGAAGACGACGAUAAACAGAAGAACAAAGGCGUCUUUUGGUACAGAAAUAAAUUGGAUUGAAGAUGUCAUCAUGAAUGUAUCGGGGAGGGGAGGUUUCUGUUUGUUGCUGCUAGGGAUUAUAGCCUUCCUGUCUUGUUGACUUGGAGUUUGUUUCAGUUGUUUUUGUCGAACCUUAAUCUAAGUUGUGCUCCUUUUUUGAAUAAUCCUAAGCAUCAAGGUCCAGCAUGCAUUAGCAUGGGACACUCAAGAGGA